CUUAUUAGUGGAGGCCAUGUUGGAUCUGCCUCUUAAUGGACAGCUGGUUGUCGGCGAAAAUAUAGCAAAAUAUUUAUUGACAAUUAACAAUAUAAUGUCCCAUUGAAUAGCGUAGCGCUUAAAGCAAAUGCCAUGGCGUUGAGAAAAGUGAAAGGUACCAUUGAUAGGGUACUGGAUAAGAAUUUACAGGACCUUGUCCGAGGGAUACGGAAUCACAAAGAUACGGAGCCCAAAUUUAUUGCUGAUUGUAUAGAUGAAAUUAAACAGGAAUUAAAGCAGGAUAAUUUAGCAGUAAAAGCAAAUGCAGUCAGUAAGCUUAAUUAUUUACAAAUGCUCGGCUAUGACAUUAGCUGGGCAGCAUUUAAUGUCAUUGAGGUGAUGAGCUCAACCAAAUUUACUUACAAGAGGAUCGGUUAUUUAGCAGCAUCCCAGAGCUUCCAUGAAGGAACCGAUGUUUUAAUGUUGACAACAAAUAUGAUAAGAAAGGAUUUAAGUAGUCAGAAUAUGUACGAUGCUGGGGUGGCGUUAAAUGGUUUGUCAUGUUUUAUAACUGUUGAUUUAGCUCGAGAUUUAGCUAAUGAUAUAAUGACAUUAAUGACGUCCUCGAAGCCAUAUUUACGUAAAAAAGCUGUUCUCAUCAUGUAUAAAGUUUUUCUACGAUUUCCUGAAGCAUUACGUCCAGCCUUUCCUCGAUUAAAAGAAAAAUUAGAAGAUCCUGAUCCAGGGGCCCAGUCCGCAGCUGUUAAUGUGAUAUGUGAACUAGCUAGAAAAAAUCCUAAAAAUUAUCUUUCAUUAGCGCCUCUUUUCUUUAAACUCAUGACAAGUUCAACUAAUAACUGGGUUCUCAUCAAAAUUAUUAAAUUGUUUGGUGCUUUAACCCCGUUAGAGCCAAGAUUAGGGAAGAAAUUGAUAGAACCAUUAACCAAUCUAAUACACAGUACAUCUGCCAUGUCACUGUUGUAUGAAUGUAUUAAUACUGUGAUAGCAGUCCUCAUUUCUAUAUCUUCAGGCAUCCCAAACCACACUGCCUCCAUUCAGUUAUGUGUUCAAAAGUUGCGCAUAUUAAUCGAAGAUUCAGACCAAAAUUUAAAGUAUUUAGGUUUGUUGGCUAUGUCUCGUAUUUUAUCAACUCAUCCUAAGAGUGUACAGUCACAUAAAGACCUCAUAUUACAGUGUCUGGAUGAUAAAGAUGAAUCUAUUAGAAUCCGAGCUCUAGAUCUAUUGUAUGGCAUGGUAUCUAAGAAGAAUUUAAUGGAAAUAGUCAAGAAAUUGAUGGUACAUAUGGAUAAAGCAGAAGGCUCCCAUUAUAGAGAUGAGCUGCUAUCAAAGAUCAUAGAAAUAUGUAGCCAGUCAAACUAUCAAUAUAUUACUAAUUUUGAAUGGUAUGUGAGUAUAUUAGUAGAAUUAACACGGAUGGAAGGAACUCGACAUGGUAAAUUAAUUGCCUCACAGAUGUUAGAUGUUGCUAUACGGGUACAAGCCAUUAGACAUUUUGCCGUUACCCAGAUGGCUCUUUUAUUAGAAAACUCCCAAGCUUUAUUGAGUAAUUCACAGAGAAAUGGUAUUUGUGAAGUGUUGUAUGCAGCAGCAUGGGUCUGUGGAGAAUUUGCUGAACAUCUCUCCGAUCCCCAGAGUACGUUAGAAUGUAUGUUACGCCCUAAAAUAACGAUAUUACCGGGUCAUAUACAGAGUGUAUAUGUACAGAAUAUGUUAAAAUUAUAUGGUAAAGUUAUAAAACGGGCAGAGGAUGAAGAUAAUGAACAAAUGUUGAAAGAUGUCAAUGAAUUAUUAGCUGAUAAACUUCCGAUAUUCAUUCAGAGUGCGGAUUUAGAAGUUCAAGAACGAGCAUGUUGUAUUUUACAAGUCGCUAAAUAUGUUGGUAAAAUACAUGAAAAAGGUGUUAAAAUGGGAGAAGAACUAGAACAAUUAUACGCUGGUGAUUUAAAUCCUGUUGCUAUCAAAGCCCAGAAAAAAGUCCCAGUACCAGAUGGGUUAGAUUUAGACAAAUGGAUAAACCCCCCACCAUCCGACAGUUCCGAUGAUGAAAUACAAGGUCCAUCUUUCUUUGCUAUGGGAAAAUCAGAACAUAUGUCAAUGUAUCAGUAUGAUAAUGAUGAAAGAAAACCAGUCUAUGAACCUACUGAAGAAGAACUGACAGUUAGUAGAACGGCUCGUAAAAUGGAACAAAUGCACAAUCCACAUUAUCUGAAAGAUGAUGGAAAGAGCAAGAGGAAAAAGAAUGAUUUAUUGAAAUUAGACGACAUUCCAGUGGCAGAAAUUGAUCUCUCUGUUCCGUUACACAUACCAGGCUCUGAUAAAUACUCAAAACUAUCCGCGUACCAAGAAGCAGAUGGUAAAAAUAAAAGUCGUAAGAAAGGUAAAAAGAAGAAGCGACGACAUGAUGGUUCGGAUUCUGAUCCCGAUGUUGAAGUCAUGCAUGCUGUUAGUACAGUCGUUGAUAUGCCAGAGGGUGCCCAUCUGUCAGAUAAAGAUGAUGAUGAUAAUGAUAACGACUUGAACAAAAAAUUAGAUAUGAAUUUAGAUGAACCAUUGCGUGAUGAUGAACGUCUGCCAGUGCGUACCCACCAUAUUGUUUUAAAUAGUGAAUCCCCGGAACAGGAGACGACAGAAACUAACGAUAAACCCAAGAAAAAACACCGAGUGAAAGACAAGAAGAAGGAAAAGAAAGAAAAAGACAAGAAAAAAGAUAAAAAGAAAUCAAAAUCAAGUAAUCGUGAGGCACCAAGUUUAUUAUUAGCUACAGAAGGGGAUGAUAAAAUAGGGGAUAAUGGUGUCGUGAACGAUGUGGCUGAUUUAUCAGUUAUUGAAAAUACUACAGCUGUUAGCAAGGCUGAUGAUAUAGAGUAUUGGUUAUCAGAAAGUGCAGAGAAUACCCCUUCACCAACUAAAGCCAAUACAACUUUAACUACAACUAUCACUAACAAUGGGAUGGAUAGCGCGUAUAAUAUAGUUCUAUCUACAGAAGAUGAUGAAACCAAUCAAGUAGGAGAGAAACCAAGAAAGAAGAAGGAGAAGAAGAAAAAAGAUAAAAAAGAUAAGAAGAAAAAAGACAAGUUAAAGCGAAGUGAAUAUAUAGAAGCUGAUGGUAUUACGACGCCAUCUAAGGAGAAUAUUACUCUGUCUCAACAACCUACUCCAUUAGAUGUACAAUUACCUCCGAUGUCAAGUUAUCUUUUAUUAGCAGAAAAUAAAACAUUAAAGAUGACAUGUGAAGUACGUGCUAGCAAUCUAAGAGGUGAUCAAAUAAUUGUGUCUAUAGUUUUUACCAACCAGUCCACCAACCAUAUAAAAGAUUUGGAGUUUAACGUAUUAGAUACUUUAAACACGAAGUUGAUUCGAGGGAUGGGUCACAGUAAUCAAGAUGCCGUGAAAGUACCAUUUAAUUUAUUACCAGAUAGCCAGAAUGAAGGCCAGUUUGCAUUUUCAGUUGAAAGCAUAAACAUGCCCCAGAAAUUAAGAGGAACAUUGACGUAUAUUCUUAAAUCUGAUGAUGGUUCCAGUCAUGAAAAACUAGAUUUUAGAUUAAACUUACCCUGUUCCUCGUAUCUUGUGAGCACUCCAUGUAAAAGCUCAGAGUAUACAAAUUUUUUGUCCGGUGGUGAAUUGUCGGCCAAAUCUUCCCUGCAAGUAAAUCCCACAGACUCCCAGUUAUCCAUUAGUUUAGCUAAAGUCUGUUUCUUCUUACAUUUUAGAGUUAUUGAACAAGUUGAUAAUAGUGCUUCGUUAUACAGUCGUUCCAUUCAAGGUCAUCCCGUUUGCUUACUAGUCAAAAAAACCAAUGAACAACUAAAUAUAGAUGGUAAAAGUACGGACGGUAAUUUAUUAUCUAAUAUUCUCGAUGAUGUUAGAAAUCUGUUGACAACAACGGUGCCAUCUUAACCCUGGCUAUUUCCAUACAUCAUACUAAAACACUGUAUAUAGAAAUUAUGUGAUAUCACUUUCAAAUUAAUAAUUAUACCAAUCCAUUAAUAUAUAAAUAUAUUAUAUUCGAAAUCAUCAUCCAAGGGAAGUAAGCAAAAUGUGGUAAAUGUAUAUUUAUGUUCAUAGUUUGUUUCAUAUUUAGGCCAAAUAAAAUGAAAUAUUCCGGUUCUCCGAUACUGUCAUGUUGCUUAAAAAGGGCUGUAUGAUCAUUUUUUAUAUCUCAUCAUCUUUUACCAGUAGCUCACUCCCUUGUGGGAUUGUUUUAAAAGGGGGGUUGAAUGGUUAGCAGGUGCGCGCUGUAUCAUAAAGUCUGUCAUUGAGUCAACUGGCGUGGUUUCGAUUCCCCAGUUGUACGUGACAAGGAGUAGGAUCACCUGUCCAACCUCGCGAGUUUUCUCCAGGUCCUCCGGUUUCCUCCAACUGCUAAAGACCCCUACGCGCAAGCAAAUUAUGGAAAUAAAAUUGAACCGUGUUAGUUCCAAAAUGACCUAGUUUGUUUCGAGUGGACGUUACUCCCCAUUUCACUCCCUUGUGAGAUUGUUUUAAAAGAUUGUCUUGAGAAGGUUAAAUAAAGGGCUGUAUGUCCUGUUUUUACAUUUUCCUAAAAAUAAAACCAUCCUCAUCGAUUCCCUCCCUCCCUUGUGAAGAAUUAAAUUGCUUCAGUGGAAUUUAGUAAUUGAAUUUGAAAUAUGUCACUUUUCUAUGGUUCUAUGGAAUAUAAUAAACAGUAAUAAGCAGUAAUUGUAUUCCAUAGAAUUGUUAAAAGGGGGAGCGGGGGUUGCCGAAUUGUUAAUGCCAGGAUUUUUGUUCACAAGCUCUGUCAUUCAUUGAGCCAAGUGACCAGGAGUAGGGCUGUGGGUUUUUCCCGGGUCCUUCGGUUUCCUCCCACUGAUAAAGACCCUACCUGCAAGUGAAUUAUUGAAAUAAAAUUACCGGUAAACCAUAUGUUAGUCCUGAAAUGACCUCGUUUGUGUUGUGUGGUUGUUAACCCUUUCUCUCUCUGAUAGAAUUGCGAGAUGUGUAUUUUGAAGGAUAUCUGAGAACCAGAAAUGUUUUGUGUUGUUUGGCCUUCUGUAUCAUCACCAUGUACAGUAGGGGAAAUACUUAUAACUAAUGUGUAAUUGAAUAUUGUCUAAUUACAAAUUUUAAAUUUCAACCAUAUAAUUAUUUUAUUUAUUGAUUGAUAAUUGAUUAAAGCAAUGUAGAAAAUUAUGUAGAAUCAUCCAAUAAUAUACCUUUGUAAAAAAAAAAAAACAUGCAAAGAUUGUUAGCUGUGUACAAUUCUCUAACUUGAGAAGUGGUAUUAGGGUGUUACAUCCCAUAACAGUUGUGUGCAGAGAGGGAGGGGGCGGAAGGAGUGACAAGAGGGCAUUCAAUAAAAUUAGAAUAAAAAAAGUUUAUUUUAUCUGUUUUUACACCUGAAAUGUCUUCCUGUCUAACGAUUCGAUCCCCAUACGUGAGUCUCUGCCCCACCCCCUCUCCACUGCCCAAUAGUUGGCUGUGGGACUAUUGCACGCGUUAGAAAGCAUGUUAUACAGAAACUGGUUGGAGUGACCAAAUUAUGAAACCAAAAGGGUUAAUAUUUAAGAUAAUAUAACAUAAUAUGUAAAAGUCAUCACAUCGGAUAUAUUUGCUUAUUACCAGUCACAAAUAUUUACACCAUUAUUUUCUUUGCUCAGAGAUCAAAAGUUGUUUGGUUGUCUAUUAAUGGUACAUGAAUUCAUAUAUUUCAUAAAAAGCUAAGUUUUCUUUACUUCGUACAUGUUAUUGAAAGUAUUUUUCUAUAUAAAUGUUUGUGAAUAAUUUGUUAAUAUAAUAAUUAUUGAAUGAAAUAUUAAGUAUGCAAGUUUAAGUAUAUAUAUAGUAUUUGAGUAAUAAAUGAAAUGAAUUGUCAAAUUAUAAUAAUACAUGUACCUUGUGACAUUUCUAGCUUUAAAUCAUCCAGCUUAUUGUCUUUUUGUGCAAUUUCAGGUAAUUUCAUCUGAAUUUCUUAAAUAUCGGUAUUAAUGCCAAGACAAUAAUAUAUAUAGUUUUUCAGCAUUUAGUGAGCAAUGAUUAAGGUACUACGAAAAAAAUGUUAUGUGCUUCAGGGUCUUUGUGAGCGAUGUUUUGUUUAACAUUUGAAAAUUUGAAAGUACUCAUUCAAAUUUUUUAGUAGAACAGUCAUUUGUUUUUGAUUUUUUAAUUUUUAUUUCUCUUCAGGAAGUAGGAAGUAAAAUUUUAACACGUUUUCAAAAGAACUAAAAUUGGUGAGGUCUAACUAUUUGCUGUAUCCCAAAACAGUUAAAAGAUUCUGACCAACCCCGUGGGUUUUCUCCGGGUCCUCCGGUUUCCUCCCACUGCUAAAGACCCCUACGCGCAAGCGAAUUAUGGAAAUAAAAUUAAACCAUAUGUUAGUCCCGAAAUGACCUAGUUUGUGUCGAGUGGACGUUAAACCCCAUUUCUCUCUCUCUCUCUAAAAGAUUCUGAGAUUAUGUACAAAAAUAUAAACAGAAUUAAAUCCUAUUAUUUACUAUAAAUGGGAUUUAUAUUCUGGAUUUAUACACAAAAUGAUAAAAUUGAAUUAUAUUUGAAAACCAUUAAAAUUCGAAGACCCUUAAAGAUUUUAAUUUAAUUCAGAUUCUGUCGUGUAUAAACACGGUUAAAAUUCCAGAUUUACUAUAAAUAAGGUUUAUAUAUAUUCAGGGUUUCUAUGCAAAAUAAUAAAUUAUAUUCCAAAGAAUAGAGAGAUGUUAUUUCAUUGAAAUCCACAAAGCAUGUAUUACAUGCAACUACCGGUACUAACUAUAUUCUACUGAUAUUACUUUGAGUGGCGUUCAUUAAUUACAAGGUUAAAAAUACAUUAUUCAAGAGCUAAACCUGCCUAUUGAAGGUCUUUCUUUAGGCCUUAAAUGUUAUAUAAACUAUUAGUUAGACAAUUAUUAACAUGACAAGACCUUAAUCAACUCUCGAUGGUAUCGGGAUGCUUGAGAUUUUAACUAGAUUAGAAUGGUUCGGCCAUUUAAAAUUUUCUAAGUAAAUGUCUGUUACUGUGACUCUGUAACUAAACCCCAGGGGCCUGUUUCACGACAUUUUAACUAAGAUAAAAUCCAAAUUUUAGUAAUUUGAUUGGCUAAUAUUAGAUUGAUUUUAGUGCUUAGCCAAUCAAAAUUGAAGUAUCUAAUAAAAUCUUUAGUUAAGAUUUUGGGAAACAGGGCCCAGAACUGGUACAAUGCAUUUGGGUGACAUUCAAAACAAAAGACAAAUAUUAGGCAAUACCAGUUAGAGUACAAUCAAUCAACAUGAGACUUGAUAAUAAUUGUUCUUUGGACAAUUGUGCAUUGAUUGACAAACCUUGAAUCUUGAUUUUUCUGGGACACCCAGAAUCUCCUAAAAUAUUUGUCUGAAUGAGAAAGAGACUAAAUUUUGAUAUGUCACAAUUCCGAAAUGACUGCAAUGAUGUCAAGUUCGGUUCCUAGGUCAUGAUUGUUUGUUUUGUUUUUUUUUUAAAUCGUCACCUGUUGUUCGAGUCUACAAUUUUGUUAGAUAAAUAUAGCAUGUAAUUGGUGUAAAGGGGUUAAUUUAGCAUGUAAUUGGUGUAAAGGGGUUAUCUAAACUUUCUCUACCCCUUAAUUUUACAGUACUUGAUAAAUGUAGAUAUUGGUGAUGCAGUGUGGUUUAAUGGUCUUGCGUAGGACAUUGCAUAAUAUAUUGAUAAUGCAGGAGGGUGAUAGCCCGAGUCUUGUUUUAAUAUAUUACGCAAUGUCUUAAGCUUAGGACCAUUAAAUAACUUAAAAUACAGAGACUAUCCAGCAUGUGCAUUGCAUUUCUAGUAUAAAUAAUGUACGAUUGAUUGGCACGUUGCACGUACACUAUUUGACAUAAUGGUGCGCCAACAUCAAAGGAAGGAUGAAGUCACAUCUGUAUUUUAAUUAUUGUUAAAAGAGAUUAUUAUAACUUAACGCAAAACUUAUUUAUUUUGUUUCACCGACCAUUAUAUCGGAUGUUUUGGGGUGUUUUAUGAGACCUGACUAAUAUUAUUAUAUCAAAUCUUGUUAUCUAUUCCACUUAUCUUGUCAAAAGUGUUGGGUAGUUUAUAAUUAUAAAAUGCUUGUCCUAACAUUCCCAAAAACAUGACUCUCUUUGACUUGAACUUAAAGCAAAUGGUUAGGGUGAGUCAAACAUUUAAUUGGUUGGGUUGAGUCGAAUAAUUAAAGUUAAUUGGUUGGGGUGAGUCCAACAAUUAAAGUUAAUUGGUUGGGGCGAGUCAAACAAUUAAAGUUAAUUGGUUGGGGCGAGUCGAACAAUUAAAGUUAAUUGGUUGGGGAGUCAAACAAUUAAAGUUAAUUAAAUCCUUCAAUUUACUUCAAUUCUAUUGAAAUGUAUGAUUGGUGGCAUUAUGCUUUAACUUUAUUAAUCACAACCCAAAAUGUAUAGUGAUGCUAUACUGACUUUAUUAAUUCACAACCCAAAAUGUAUAGUGAUGCCAUUAUGCUGACUUUAUUAACUCACAACCAGAAAUGAUGCUAUAUUUUACGUACACAAACUGGAGUCACCCUAAAGGGAUAAUAAAUUUUCGAGAAUAAUCCUUACAUGAAUACGAUUUAGAUUCUUACAUAUAUUACAAGAAACUUAAAGAAUUAGAUAAAUUUUGUUGAGUUUUUUUUUCUCGCUGAUAGUAUUUAUUUGAUUGUAUUUUGUUUUCCUUGUAUGUAAAUAUAAAUAGAUUUAUCAAUCACACUUAAUCAUCAACGGAUUUCAAUGAGUUUCAACUUAAUUAUUUAAAUCAUGGUAUUGAUAAUUGUUAAUGAUAAAUUGAUAUAUGUGAAGAUUUAUUUAUUGUAUAUAUAAAAUAUGAUCAUCAUCUAAUAAAAUAUAUAUAAUAUU